AUGGAGGAUUAUUCCAGUGCAAAAUUGAAAGUUUAUGUUAAAGAUGGAGGUGGAGUGGCAAGUUUGGAUCUAAGUGAAAAAGGACUCUCCAGGAUACCUGAUGCAGUCACUGAACUGACUGAAGUGGAGGAACUCAAACUGAUCAACAAUAACCUGACUGAAUUACCAACAAGUAUUAACAAGCUCAAAAAUCUUAUCAGGCUGCAUUUGAAUAGUAACAAACUUACAGAACUGCCGUCUGAGAUUGGUGACUUAAAGGAGCUGAGGAGGCUGGAUGUGAGAGAAAACCAUUUGCUUUGGUUACCUACCAGUAUACAGAAGCUGGACCAGCUUGAGGAGCUGCACUUGUAUGGUAACAGACUUACAGAACUGCCUUCUGAGAUCGGUGACUUAAAGGAGCUGAGAAGGCUGGAUGUGAGAUACAACCAGCUGGUUAGUUUACCUACCAGUAUACAGAAGCUGAACCAGCUUGAGGAGCUGCAGUUGUAUGGUAACAGACUUAAAAAACUGCCUUCGGAGAUUGGUGACUUAAAGGAGCUGAAGAGGCUGUAUGUAGGUGCCAACCAGUUGGUUAGUUUACCUGGCAGUAUACAGAAGCAGAACCAGCUUAAGGAGCUGCACUUGUAUGGUAACAGACUUACAGAACUGCCUUCUGAGCUUGGUGACUUAAAGGAGCUGAGGAGGCUGGAUGUGAGUAACAACCAGUUGGUUACUUUACCUACUAGUAUACAGAAGCUGAACCAGCUUGAGGAGCUGUACUUGUCUCAUAACAAACUUACAGAACUGCCUUCUGAGAUUGGUGACUUAAAGGAGCUGAGGAGGCUGGAUGUGAGUAACAACCAGUUGGUUAGUUUACCCACCAGUAUAAAGAAGCUGGACCAGCUUGAGGAGCUGUACUUGUCUUGGAACAAACUUACAGAGCUGUCAUCUGAGAUCUGUGACUUAGAGAAGAUGAAAAGGCUGGAUGUAAGAUACAAUCCGUUACGUUCUGAUCCAAUUCAUGUUAUAGAGAGGAAGAGAAUGGGACGUCCCAGUCCGGUUGUUACAGGUGGGUUGGGG